UUAGGGUCGUGCUGUUGUUUUUGUAUAGAUUUGUUACUUAAUGCUAUAAAUAUAUGUGCAGUGAAAAUAUACUUUUUCUUUUUGAUUUUGAUAACUAUUAGCCACCUUCAAUCUACGGGAGGGUAAAAAAACGAAACGAUUAACGACGCGUUCGACGGAAGAACGAUUUGGAAGGAUUUUUCAAACAACGGAGCCCUAGCGAGCGAGGCGAACAGGUUGAGUAGCCUCUGGGCAAAAGAUGAAUGGUGUGCUUUGGAAAACUGGAAGAUAGCGAACGGUGCUGCGAAGAUCCUGAUGCUCAAGAUGAGCUGGUGAACGGUUGUUAGUGGGCAACAAGCAUACAAGCAAAAUGCUUUGGUGUUCGAGGAUGUUACGCUGCGAGCAAUAGUUGGCCAGAAGAUAGUUUUGUGUUUUCGAAGUCGGAAUUGGAUCACUGGAUUGGCUGGAGGCAGGAAAAAUGUUUUUUUUUUCUUUUUUGAAAGGACCAGUGAUCCUGUGCUGAAGAUUUUACGCUCGCGGUGGUCUUCUUCAAGGCGGCAGCAGCAUCAAUAGCGAGACACCUGGUGCUGGUAGAAAUAGAUACUCGGUAGAUUUUCGGAAUAGGCAUGUGUGGCCCAAUUUGUUUUGUGCUGUUCCGAGGGCGUGAAGUGUGAAGCCGUAAUUGAUUGAAGAAAAAGGAGAAGCGAGAAGAAGCAAAAAAACGGAAGAUUAUUCCAGCAGUAAUGGGAAAAUUUCGUUGGAUGAAAAAUCUGUAGGAGUGAAAAACGAGUCAUGUGAAGCUGUGUGUAUAGCCAAGCAACGAAAAAAAGCGUGAGCGGAACCCCGAAAAGUGAGCAGGAGAGCCGCGCGUUACGAGCGUUAACGAGCGGACGUGCAUCGAGAGAAACCAGUGGAAGCCCCUGGAGUUAGUUAAGAAACAAGGGAGCCCUCAAAAGCCUGUGAGUGUUGUGUUCCGCGUUGUGUGGCGUGUACGGGACCGAAUUUCCCGAAAAUAGCUCUCUCGUUGUUCUGCAGGGGCUGUGUGUGUGUGCAUAGUGCUGCUGCUGUACGACGAUGCUGCUUGGAGUCAGAAAUGUGAUCACACACAUGCCGUCACACGAGUAUCAAUCACAGCAGGGCGGGUGCUCGGUUUGGAUCGCUUCUGGAAUUAACUAUCAGCGUAAACACAGCAACUAAUGGCGAAUUGAUCAAAAAGCGAUCAGUAGAAAAAAUUGAUUGCACUCAUAGAAACACCUACACGUGAUAGAGAUUUGCGUGAGGGGGUUGAAAAACAAAAAUAAAACAUCACGGUCCCAACUACGAGCUCCAAUGUGCAGCAUUGAUUCCGAGCGUGGCGCACACGGCAACAGUGGCUGUAGCGAAUUUUUAUCCAGCAGGACCACCGUCGCCACCGAAUGCAUCACUGCCAUCGAGCACAUCGAGGGUGGCCUGAGGGUGGAAAUAAUUAAUAACGGAAAUAGCGGUUGUAGUCCUAUCAGCCUAAGCGGGCCGGGAAUCAUCGGUGAAAUCAGUUCUCGUUCGUUUGUCGUCGUCGCUGGUUGUCUGUCAUCGAGGGAGGAAGGACACAGCUGGGAAUCAUGAGAACUCAAUCACACCGAUCGGAAAGCGACAACAGCCACAACCGCAGCAGCGACAGCGAACAUUGCGACAGUUUUCGAUACGACGGCAUCGGCGGUGGUCGACAGCAGUUCUGCCUGGAGCGAUCAAUCGCCGUGGUGACAUACAGGGUGAAAUUGAAAACGGGGAAGAAAUAGAAACGUAGCGGCGACCACGAGAGCCUUCACCAACACGACUGUCGUUGUUUCGUGCCGUGCCGUGCAAAACAACGCGCAAACUUCUUUACUGCCAGACCAUCGAAACGCCACCACGCUUCAGAGAAGAUCCAUCUAGUGAGCAACCUGGAAUUGGUCCGCGGAUCUACCGACACAGUCUGGUGGAUGCUGUGGAUUUACUAACAACACAAAAAAACAUACUCUCUUACUCAAAACAGCGGAUGAGACACGGAUAACUAGGAAAGCACCUUAGCACUUCGAUACAAGUAGCAUCUGAAUUCGAAUGACACCCUAACACCCCUACGGCUUGGGUACUCAACCAAAAAAAAAACUCGUGGUCUCGUAACUUCGUCACGAUUAUAGUAGAUAAACACUUCACUACACCAAGUUCGCGCAAAUCGAAUCGACAGAAUAAAGAAAAAAACAAUGCGUAUUAGCAGUCGUACUCUCUGCCGAUAAGCUGAGAUAAGUAGCGUCUUAGCAGUUGUAUAGUACACUUAAAUUGAACUUAAAAUUGAUAUUGAUCAUUAAUAAACCAAUAAUAGUAUAUUACUCGUAAACAUUAAAAUACAAAGUUUCAUAAAAAAAGACACAGUUUACUGCAAUUCAAUAAUAAUAAUAAUAAAAUAAUAAUAUCAAUAGUACUUUAACAAAUUUUCGACAAAUUGAAUUAAUAUUGAUAAAUAUAAUGGGACAGGAAGUUUAAUCCAUCUUAAUAUUAAACAACUAAAACUUCGAGUAAUAUGUUUGGAAAGCUCAAUAAUAAACGGUGAAUCUUAUCAAUGAAGAGUAAACAUCAACUAAUAGCAUAUUGUUAUUAAAUCAUACCAAAAACAACUCAACACCUAGCUUAGGGUACGAACUAGUGUGAAUUUGAACGCGGUACCGACUGAAACGGAAGCAGCACUCCGUAGGACACCAAGUCGGAACAAAAAAAAAAAAAUCAGUAUUAUAACUCGAUAGCACCUAGGCACAAGAGGAUUUAAAGGAACAAUCACCAACUACCGUCGACACUGCAAAAACAACAAACAAAAAACCGUGUGCUGCAGGCAAAAGCAAUAACACGAACACGACGCCUAACGUCGAUCACGGGAACGCGAACCGCCAGUUGAUUCGUUCAACGUUGGCGUUUAUCCUGUCGUCGUCGUCGUCAUCACCGCCAUCAUCAUCGUCAUCACCAUCAACGCCAUCACAGACAUCAUCGUAGCUACCACCACCACGGUCGUCAUCAGCGGCAACGAGAACGCGGUGGCCGGGUCAGAAUGAACCAGAAGAUCCUGGUGAUCGUGAUCAAGAUGAUCAAGAUGAUCUCCAAGAUCAUCAUGCUGAGCCGAUAUCACAACUUUCGGUGCUACAAGCAGCUGCGGCUGUACAAGUGGAUCAUCGUGUUGAUGCUGAUAGCCAAUUCGGCGAUGGUGUGCCUGGCCGGAUACCACGAGAAGCGGUUACUGCACGAUCUUCUGGACACCUACAACACGCUGGAGCGGCCAGUAGUCAACGAAUCCGAUCCCCUGCAGCUGAGCUUCGGCUUAACGUUAAUGCAAAUUAUUGACGUGGACGAAAAAAAUCAACUGCUCGUCACAAACAUAUGGCUGAAGCUAGAAUGGAAUGAUAUGAAUUUAAGGUGGAACACAUCGGAAUAUGGUGGUGUGCGAGAUCUCCGGAUACCACCGCAUCGAAUUUGGAAACCAGAUGUUUUGAUGUACAACAGUGCUGAUGAAGGCUUUGAUGGCACAUAUCCAACAAAUGUAGUCGUACGUAAUAAUGGUUCUUGUUUGUAUGUGCCACCAGGAAUCUUCAAAUCAACAUGUAAAAUAGAUAUAACGUGGUUUCCAUUUGAUGAUCAAAGAUGUGAAAUGAAGUUUGGUAGUUGGACAUAUGAUGGUUUCCAGCUGGACUUGCAAUUGCAAGACGAAGCUGGAGGGGAUAUCAGUAGUUUCGUGACGAACGGGGAAUGGGACCUGCUGGGUGUCCCCGGGAAGCGUAACGAAAUCUACUACAACUGCUGUCCGGAGCCUUACAUAGAUAUCACAUUCGCCAUCAUCAUCCGGCGGCGGACGUUGUACUAUUUUUUUAAUUUGAUCGUCCCGUGCGUGCUGAUAGCGUCGAUGGCACUGCUCGGAUUCACGCUACCGCCGGAUUCCGGAGAGAAGUUAUCAUUAGGUGUAACAAUUUUAUUAUCAUUGACUGUAUUUUUAAACAUGGUUGCUGAAACAAUGCCAGCCACGUCGGACGCUGUUCCACUUUUAGGCACAUAUUUUAACUGCAUCAUGUUUAUGGUUGCCUCAUCCGUUGUGUCAACAAUUUUAAUUUUAAAUUAUCACCAUAGAAAUGCGGACACACACGAAAUGUCUGAUUGGGUUAGAAUCAUCUUUUUAUAUUGGCUGCCAUGUAUUUUAAGAAUGAGCCGACCGGGUAGACACUUGUCGAUGGAAUAUCCGCCUACGCCGACAUCGGAUAGUUCCGAACGGAAAACGCACAUACAGGAUGUCGAACUGAAAGAGCGAUCAUCGAAGUCGUUACUAGCGAACGUAUUAGAUAUAGAUGAUGACUUUCGUCACAACUGUAGACCACUAACCCCCGGAGGUACACUGCCACAUAAUCCAACAUAUUUCAGGACUGUUUAUAGUAGCGAUGAUGGAAGUAUGGGACCGAUCGGAAGCAAUCGAAUGCCAGAUGCAAUUGCGCCACCACACACGUGUUUCACAUCAUCCGCUGAUUACGAACUAGCUUUAAUAUUAAAAGAGAUACGUUUUAUCACCGAUCAGAUACGAAAGGAGGACGAGGACAGCGACGUCGCCAAGGAUUGGAAGUUCGCAGCAAUGCUGUUCUAUUUUCGGCACCGCACAUCAUCGUUUCGUAGCCAUAUGGAAAAGGUUAUUGUUAUUGGUUUUAUCACAAAAUCAAUUUGUUAUUCAUUAAAUUAUUGUCGAGAAUUUUUAAAUGAAUUUCAGGACGGUAGAGAGGCAAAAAAGAAAAAGAAACAAAACAAAAAAAACCUAACAAACAUUCAGCCGGUAGGCCUGAACCGAAUCUGUAUGGUUCGGAUAGCAAGAGCAGGAAUGUUUAGUCGAGAACUAGGUGCAAAAAAAAACUAGGCGAAAGCAAAUGAAAAAUAAAAAAAAACAAUAAAAAAAAAAUCGAAACAAAAGAGGGGAACACAUUUUAGAAGAUUAUUGCAAAUAAUGCUUAAGUUAAAUAGUUGAAAGCUAGUUUUCAAAUUGGAUAGUUGUCGAAUGAAUUUGAGCACUACAGCAUGGUUCGAUGUAAAUGUUUGUUCUGUUGUAAAGGUGUUUUUUCAACGUUUAAUCAAACUCGUUCGUUUACUGUUUAAUGAAGAUUCCAGCGCUGAAAGUUCUGUCCCUUUAAUUUCUUUGUAUGAUUAGGUGCGAAGCGCAUUGCUCAACACAAUUGACCACAUGAGUUAAUUCCGUUUUUUUUCGCAAUAAUCUGCACCGAAACGAAAGCAAGCGAAGACAAAGAAUUUAAGUAAAAAAAACGGAGACACAACCAAUUUAAGCUUAAGAACAAGUCAAGAAAUUGAACAAUAUAAUCUUUUUCGACUAUUGUUUGUAGUGCAAGAAAAAAAAAAGAAGUAAUCAUACGAAACCGUAUUUAAUAUAAUGUAAAACUCUUUAUCCCUUCAGUUCGAGCGAUUAUUAUUGAAUUGCAACUUUUUUGGAGCCUUCGGCCCCGGCGAGGUCCGCGCGACGAGGACGAUGCGGCUCGAGGGGUGAAGGUUUUUUCCAAAAGGUCGCAAGCGAGUAAAGUGAAAUUUCUAAAUUAUUCAUUGGACGUCAAGAGGAUUAGGAAAAUCAUCAUCAGCACAGAUGAAAUAAAACAGAAACAGCGGGUGAAACUGUUGUUUCGACACCGAGCGACUGGUGCGCGCACUCGAGAAGCUGGCGGCUUGACUUCCGGCUUAGCGGGAAGAGAUCGAUCGAUUCGUUCGAGUUUGCAGUUGGAGACUAUAAGAUUGAAGAAAUACGAAGCAAAAAAAAAAAAUAUGGCAAUGAACAACACCGGGAUACGUUUCGGUUUGGCUGCGCGGUCGAGAUUGUGUACAGAGAGAACGGCGAUACAGUGGAGACGCGGAACACAGCGGCACAAAUUCAAUGGAAGAAAACGAGGUAUUAUUAAGAUGGCCGAAUAUUGUAGGAAGGAUGGAAGCAGAGAGAAGGAGGAAGAGAGAGCAACGGAAAGAGUGGACGAGGAAAGAGGAAAUUUAUCAACAGCGGCACGACUGUGAUAUAUAAUAAAAACAAGUAUAUUUAAAUUAUUAUUAACGAUUGAUUAAAGUACUGUAACUAUAUUGAUUAACGAGAUGAGCGAGAAGAAGAAAAAGAACAACUAGAAGGAAUCACGCAAUUGGCAACACCGUAAAUGAGAUUGGGCUUGCAGCUUGGCUGUACUUCAGAGUUGAGCAGGCAAUGGCUAAGUUUGUAUAAUGUCAUGCUGUGAAGCAACUCAGGUUUUGCUUCGUUUCGAUUUCGUUAGAAGAACUGGUUAGUUUUUCAAUAGUGCUAUUGUAGAGAAAAUGGCGGACAACUACUUUGUUGUUGAACGGAUGUAGAAACGCCUUUCAAUUGCUAGAAAACAUUCCCAUAACAGAUGUUCCUGAUGGAAAUUUUGUGAAAAAAGGGGAUUUUGAUGAUCACGAAUUUUUAAGAGUAUUGUAAACAAAUGUACAAUAUUUUUUCAUUUCCUUUAUGAAAACAAGAAGCCGCCCUUGUAGAACGUUCAGUGGAGCAAUAAAUUUAAGCGUUCAAGUUCCGUGCACGAGAUUAGAUUUAUUGAUUACAAUAACUCUAAUAAAUAAUCGAAGCAAGUUCGCACUGACCAUUGAUUGAUUGAAUGAAUUCGGCAUUGUUCCUUUAGUCACGUUAUCUUACGUCCUCGAAUAUAUUUUAUUAUCGCUUGAAAAGGGUGUUUUUAAAAUAGAUUAUAGCGCAAAACGAGAAAAUAUUAACUCUUCAAAUAAUCAUUUGUGUUCUUCAAAUUUCAGUUGUUCCAUUUAAUAUCCGAUGAAAUGUUUGUUUAUUAUCUGAUGAAGCUCUUAUAUAGGCCAAAUGAUGCAUUCCCAAUUUACUAGGUCCAUAACUCUGCCGACCGUGCUUGGGAAAGCGCGGUAUAACGACCAAUCAGAGGUCGAAUUUUGUAUUUUGACAAGGCUUAAGAGUUUUCAAUAGUACAAUAGUUCGAAUGAUAAAAUUGCAAUUUCAUGCAUUUGGUAGGAAUCUUAGAAGAUUUUAAUCGAUUGCUGCAAAAACGAAGGAAAUCCAUCGAAAACAAACCGAUUUAUUAGCAUUUGAAAUUUUUCUCACUUUUUUAAGUUUUAGAUUUUCAUUUUACAUCCCUAUGCAGCCGAACUUCCUGAGAGAAGUAUUCUAAUUCAAAAUUAAAUCUUCAUUAAUUCAUUUGUUGUCCUUAUAAGGACAAUUGUUCAAUUUAUCAUUGAGAGUGAGGACUAAGGCGCACGGUCAACACAAUGAGAAAGGUGUUUUCACAUUGAAAACUAGACACGGCUUUACUGGAGGAAGUGUUGGCAAAUGCAUCUACCGCUAAUACCACCGCUAUCAAACGAAAGCGCGUCUUUCCAUGUGGGGAAUAUCAACAACGAAAAAUGACGCGCGUCUAAGCAUAACCCGAACUGUUUCACCGUGCUGCUUCCAUUUACCUUUACAUCGGCCUCAGGGAAGUACCGGCUGCAUCUGCAUCUACCGCUGAGGCUGUCACUAUACUGCUGUUGGUACCAUUAACUCUAUUAACUCACAGUUAACAGUUUUAACUCUUCAAAUAAGUAUGUUAUUUGUGUAUUAACUCUUCAAAUAAGUAUGUUAUUUGUGCUCAAAAGAACAAUUGUUCAAUUCAAAAUCGGAUUUACGCAAUCGCAUCUCUGUAAUAUUACCGACAAUAAUAUUCUUCUGAACAAACUGAUACAACUUUCCCAUUAGGCCUCUGCCAUUAUAGACACGAAAAGCGACGCGAACCGAUUCGCUCAGCUGUAGGUUAAUGUACAGCCAUCAGUAGAGCUGUACAUCAACCUACGGCCGAGCGAAUCGGUUCGCGCCGCUUUUCGCGUCUACUAUGGCAGAGGCCUUAGAGGAAGUUGCUGGCUGAUGUAUUCACUUCAUGCAAGCCUGCUGCUGAUGCUUCCCGCUACCACACUGAAACAGCAUUUUAGUGAAGGAAGUGUCGUUGCAUCAGCUGACCCUGCUACUAUCGAUGCUGAUAUACCCACUGCAACAGCUACGCUAUGAAUAGCCAUGCCACAGUUGUGGCCGCUAUACGCUGGCCCAACUGCUGAGCAACUGCAACGCUAUCCGUAGCCAUGCCACAGUUGUGGCCGCCAUUGGUAUCCGCUGUACCUGCAUCUGCUGGCCCUGCUGCUAUCGAUGGUGAGAUCCGCUGAAACUGCUACGCUUAUUCGCAGCCAUGCCACAGUUGUGGCCGCUAUCCGCUAUCGAUGGCACCCACUGCUCGCUCCCGCUGCUGCCAAGGGAGGACUGCUGUCGUCGCUGUUCAGAACUACUAUGAGCGGCUUCGACUAAAACAGGCUCUUAUAUAGGGAUGAAAAUAGGAAUGAAUUAUUUUUCGUAGGUGGUGGAAUGACAUAACUUGAAAAAUAUGUGUGAUUUCAUUCUGGUUCAGAGCGAUCAUUUGAUAAGCUCCACCUCUUUUUUCAGUUUCUAAAGUUUUUCCUCAGUUUCGUAGCACGGAUGCACAAAAAUGAUUUCUUGUCGAACAUUCUGUCGAGCCGGACCGAUAGCACUCUCAUUGAAGCAACAAAAUAACAUGUUUUGUGUCGUGUUGUGCAGCUUGGUUGAAGAAAAUGUUUUUUUUUAGCUCUGCAUAGUCGAACUAACUGCUUUUGUGAAUGCGUACUAACAGGGCAGUUUAUUAUUCAAUGUCGGUUAUGCUGAUCGCAGCCUUUGCGCUGCCCCUACAGUGGGGAGUUUACUAAAUAAAGUAAAAAUUAGACAACUACAACAGAAUUUGAUUGCAUCCCGCACAGAAUGUCUGCUUGUGCUGAUGCCAGAAAACUAUUAACCUUCAUUUUUUUUUAUUUGCAUUCAAAAAAGCAUUUUGCUGUUCAAAAUCGGUUGCUAAUUACAACCUUUGAGCUGCCCUAACAUUGGGGGAAUUAAGAUACACGGACAACAUGCACUGUGGAAGCUAUUUCACAUUCAGUAAAUUAGACGGGUGCGACAAAUUUAAAUUGCUAGGAUGCAACACAGAAUGCUUGCUUGCGUUGACAAAAAUUAUUAACUUUCAAUGACUUAUUUAUUUGCCUUGAAAAAGGCAUUAUGAUUUCCAAAAUUGGAUUUCCUGAUGGCAAUCUUCAUGUUGCCCUGACAGUGGGGGAAUAAUGGCAGUCUGGCGACACACGUUGAGAAAAACCGCGCUGCUCCUGAGACGUGGUGACCAACCACAGGGCUAGUGCUGCUGCUAAGGAAGGACGACUGCUGUUGUCGCUGUCUAGAACUAUUAUGAGCGGCUCCGGCUGAAACAGGCUCUUAUAUAGGCCAAAUAACAGGUUUUCAAUUGCAAGGUAUAUGAUCCUGUCGACCGUGCUUGGGAAGCAAGCAUGUAACGACCAAUCAGAGGUCGAAUUUUUCGUUCUGACAAGGCUUGACUAUUUUCAAUAGUACAAUAGUGUGAAUAAUAAAAUUACAAUUAUCUUAUUUCGGGAAGAAUCUUAGAAGAUUUUCCAAUCUAUUGCUGCAAGAACGAAGGAAAUCCAUCGAAUACUAACCGAUUUAUUAGCAUUUGAAAUUGGACAUAUUUUUCACUUUUUUCGGUUUUAGAUUUUCAUUUCACAUCCCUAUGUAGCCGAACUUCCUGAGAGAAGUAUUCUACUUCAAAACAACAGAUAAUUUUUUUAUGAAAGCAGUCUAUUACCCGUAUAUUUUAAUCCGGUAAUUCUUCAGUAAGAUGAAAUAUUCAAACAAUUUCAUGAACGUAUUAUGGGCGCGAUAUAUUUAUUGGUAAAUGCAGUCAGUUUUUUCGUUAUCAAUUUCAAACACUUUUGUUCUGAUUUUAUUGAAUUUCGAGAAAGUUGUGAGCAGAAGUAAUAUCUUUUCACUAGUAUCUGAAAAGACUUGCUAUCACCAAUAUCCUCACAACGAAAUAUUUUUUUCUUUUGACCUUCUUUUGUUGCACCGAGUAAUUUGUUUCCAUUUUCACAAUCCUUGUUAAAAAAAUUCGUUUUUCGUUUUUCAUAUGUAUAUUUCCGAUCAGAUUGUUAUGGAAAUUCUAACAAAACAGAUUCUUGGAAGUGAUUCUUGAAUGAUCUUUUUCAUGAACAACAAAGAGUAUUCAAAAAGUAUUCCAGUAGAUUUCACUCAGUCGUUGAAUUCUAUAAACAACACCUUCAACCAAAGAGAAAAUCAUGAAUGAUUCGAACCCUUAUUGGCCAGUUAUUUUCAGAAGGUGGUGAUUCUAGUUUACACAAGAUUUCUUCAAUACUUUGAACAAAGCAAGCUAGUCUGUCCUCGGUGGUAAAGCAAUUCGAGACUCGUAAAGAGCACAGAUUAUAGACGAUGGUACUUGAAAAAAAAGAUAUAACGGCAAAAUUUAAAUGCAAAACUGAGUAGGUGUUGAUCAAUUUAAAGCACUAGAAGAGGAUAGCGAUGAAAUCUACCGUGCUGGAUCGAAAUCCGUACACCUAAGCACAUGAUAAUCUUCGACGGUCAAUAUAAAAUCAAGAAAUCACAUAUUGUUUCAAACUGACAUUUUUACUUGUAGGUCUACUUAUAUUUUAUCACUAUUUUCAAGCAAAAUGAUUAAAAUCACUCCAAAACUUGAAAAAAUCAUGUUUGAAUAGAACAUGUUUUGAAUCGAAAUCCGUACACAGUUUUUUGUCUGAAUCAAAACCCGUACACUUUUGAAUCGAAAUCCGCACACACGCGAUAUUGACUGGAUCAAAGUCCAUACAACAAUAAAUCAAAAUCCGUAUCGUUAUAGAAGUACAAAAAUGAACAUCUUUUAUUUAAAAUUUUUCUUUAAAUUAACGAAUAAAUAUAUUUUGAGGAUCGAUUGGUUCCUGAAGUUUCUAAUUUUUUACAUCAGCUAAAAUAGUGCAAUUUUCGUAGCGUUUCGUAGUAACCGGAACGCCGGAACCUCUCGAAGCUUCCCGGUACGACUUUCCCUUGCGCACCUCAGUCACAGCCCGUUCGAAAUUGUUUGCCGUAUACUUAAACUUGUUUUCUUCUGAAAACAAGAAGAAAGUUCAACAAUAUAAUACGCAUGAUACACACGCUGUACGGAUUUAGAUUCAAGCAAAUAACAAGAAUCAAAAUCCGUACGGCACAGUUUUUGUUGAAUAAAUACAAUUUACACUAUUUACCAGACAAUAUACAGCUCGAAAAUGACAAAUACUUACCUUUUCCAUCAAUUUCAAAAAGAUUCACAGCGUAAAACACAUAUAUCCCACUUGAAAAUCGUUUUUAUCUGAAGAACGUUUUCUUAGUAAAUUCUCUAACGAUACAACGAAAUGACAACUGAAACCGAUACACGAUUGAUUUUUCAUUUUUAAUAUUUUUAUUUCAUGGCCUACUGGCGCAUAGUUUAACUCAACAGAAGGCCAACAGUUCAACGGAUAUGUACAUGUAACAUUUUUAUAAUGCUUAAAACUGAAGAAAAUCAUCAAGGUGUACGGAUUUCGAUACUGUUCGGGUUUCGAUCCAGCACGGUACUGGUUUUACAAUUAUUUCUAGCAACGUCCGUAAAAGUUCUUGUUUUUUUCUAAGAAAAUUUCGAUUUAAACUAAUUCAACUCUUGAUAAGAUUCCCUAUGAUGCAAUGGUGCAAUGGGAAUGUUUUUAUGUAGAUCCACAUAAGGUUUCAUCUAUUUAAGUAGAAUUGAGGUUUUGCCCGAAACAGUAACUUUGUUUUUACAUGAAACUGGGCUUUAACAUAACACUGAAACAUAUAUUUAAACAAAAAUCAUUUUCAACACUUUCCGGCAUAAUCGGGAGAUUUUUCUACAACUUGUUGCUUACUGACUAACAACAAGCGUUCUACUGAUGGGAAAUUGUUCUCGAACAAAAAGCUCCUGUUUAAGCUGGGACGAGACUGUUUUAUUGAACUGGUAAACCGUAAAAAAAUAUGCAUUUGAAAUUUUCUAGACCCACUGCCUAAUCCCGUUUGGGGUUGAAGAUAAUUUGACACUCUUAAACUUUAAUAUAUGAAUUAUAGAGUAGAAGUGAGGAUAUGACAAAACUUUCGCUUGGUUCACAACACAAACCUGCACAUUUCGUGUGCGUGACUGAGCUGUCUGAGAGCUUUAUAACUGUUAGGUUUCUUUUGUAAUUUCUUCAGUAUUUGGCGAGACCUUCACAAUGUUUGUGGACUUCGCUUCAUAUGCUUUAUUACUCCUUUACUCUCAGCUCCCAUAUGAAUUUUUUUCCGGGAGUAAAUAUCACUUUAAGAAGAGAAAAUUUCCAUUAGAAAGUAUUUAAAACAACAUAGAAAACUAAUUUCACGCCUCCUUGCUGAGGAUCAAACUUUUUGAUGUACUGCAGAAGAUAAAAUUCACUGAUGGUUGACGUGAAGUUCCUCCAAUCCAUCUGACCCCCGACCUUACCCAAGCCGAAAUCACACCCCCCCCCCAAGAGCGAGUCUCACCUGGAACACUGAAUGUGCUGAAUCGAUUAGUAUUGCAUGCUUUUUCCCGCUGGACUUGAAGAACCGAUUGUUGUAAAUAGUAGUUUGUAAGGGGCACACACAAAAUAUUCCUAACACUGGCAAAAAGGACGUCAUUAUCGCAAGCAACUGCUAUCCAUUUGGGCUCAAUGGAGGGCAGUUCGAGACAUAAUUUCUGCACCGUUUUUGCACCUUAUUUUUGAGGAUUCAAAAAAAAAAACAUAAUAAUGGAAUGACAUUGGCAAGUUUAACCACUGGUUCGACACGGGUUUGGCUCUGCUGGUUGUGGUUUCCUCUCCUCCAAAAGGUGAAGAAAAGGAGGGGAUGCUUUGGAAUGGGUAGUAAAUGUCAAGUUCGGCAUACAGUACAGGUCAAAUAAAAGUUUACUUUUUCCUGACAACUGUUUGUAAAAUUAAAAAAUAUUCGUGAAAAUAUCUAACAGUCUCCAAUUGAAUGAGAACUUCACUUUUUCAAACUAAAACAAAUUUUCUGCUAGAUAAGCCACUUGGGUAAACUUUCACAAUAGUAUACCGGGCUUGGGAGCAAGUUUGUUUGGAAGAUUUACCUGAUAUACUCAACUUGCACACAACCUAGUACGAAUAAUAACUGGUAUUCUCAAUUCUCAGCCGUUUGAAUUCCCCACUCCUUUGACGAGUAGACUACUCGGAGUAGUGUAAGAUACACAGUUCACGACUGGGUAUUUUUCUACAAACUCUGUAUGAAACCUCUGAUAAGUGAUAUUUUGCAUAUUUAAAGUGUACCGGAUUCUGUCUCUUUGUACAACUUUGAGGUUAGGGUUUUCUUUACUUCACGAUUUCGAGCGUGAAAUUUACAGCUUCCACUGAAUAAACAGCCACAAAAUGCUAAGCAUGCGUCGGCGAUGCAAACAGUCGGGCGAGGUUUCACGCACGUAGUUUAAGUUCAAGGGAAAAUUAGCUCUCAAAAUUCGAGGUUUGCGGCGAUCUACAAUAAUCGGCACAAUACUAAAGCAUUUUCAAAGUUUGAAGAAAAUAUCUUCCACUCCAAUUAGGGAAUUUAUUUAAUUGAUAACUUUUUUAGGUCUUGUAAUAAUCCAACUGCAAAUCAGUAGAAAAAUUGUUAUUAAUUUGUUUUACUGCAACUUCGUUCGAGUUAACUGAGGUAAUUUUUUUUCUGCUAAUUUUCAUGAGUUUGAAAAAAAAGCUUCAUAAACCCUUAUAAAACUCUGUCAUUAGUGGGUUUCAACAGGCUGGCCAGCUUUUCUCGGCGAAAAAACGGGACACAUAGGUGAAAAAAAAACGAAACACUUGGGAAGAUAGGUUUUAAUUUUUUUUCUCAAUUCAAGCAAUCAUUUGUUGUAUCUGCCUCAAAGAUACUGAUGAUGAUAAAACUAUACGCAGUAGAGUGUGAUUUUUGGUAAUAAGUUCGUGAAAUUUGUCACAAAAGAGGUCGAAAUUUUGCCUAAAAACUUUAUGACUCUAAUGGUCUCAACUGGCAAUCGUGGCAGUGGCGUAGUACUACCGGGAAGGCACUAAAGGUACUCAGUAACAUUAAAUAAUUGCUGGCAGCUGAGAAAGUUAUUUUCUGUUUCGUGAAAUAUUGGGACCCAACGGGUUGCAACUAUCACGAACUCUGUUUUCAUUGAAGCUUCAUUCCAAAUUUUUCAAAGAGUAUCCAAGAAACGGUACGAAAUGGUAAAAAAAAGGAAAGGUUAGAAAUAGUUUAACACGAUACGUCUGGUCAGCCUAACUUUUAUUAAAUACUUGUUCUUUUUUAUUGGAAUAUUUUUUUCGAAUGUUGCCAUAGAACGUACUAUUUGAUCACGGAGAAUAGCAACGGAUGUCGAUAGAUUACCUAAUAUAAAAAUGAGUGCAUCUUUUAAACAAAAAAUUUGAGAAUAAGUGAUUAAGCUUUCGAUAUUUAUUUUUUUCUAAUUAAUAAUAAAGUUUUCGAUCUUUGGAUCAAUUAUUUAUAUAUUCCUUGAAAUUCGUUCACCCAUUCUCAUUACAAACUUUGUGGUAAUAUUUUGUAUUUCCUCAAACAGCUAUUGUAAAAAAAUCUGUUGACAAAUGAACAACAAUCUCAAACUCAAUUUGAGGAUUCGGCAUUCAGUGCUGUCUUAGUAUAAAGAGUGCUAACAAAUACUCAGUUUUGUAUUUUACGGUCCCAAAAAAAAGAAAAUACUGAAAAGUACUGGCAAGUGAUUCUCCAUUGUUGAUUGAAACUAUCGAGAAACACACCAGCGUGCUUUGAGUUAAAAUACUACCGAGUGUUGAAAUUAAUCACAUGUUUCGUUUGAACGCUGUUCAAUUGUGUGGGUGCUACCUACUAAAUCUCUAUUUCUGAGGCGGCAUCCAAAAAUUACGUAACGCUCAUAGGAAGGAGGGGGAGUAUCCUUGAGCGUUACGAUUUGUUUCACAGGAGAGGGGAAGAGGUGAGUUCAGCGUUACGUAACAAAAAAUCUCUGGAGAGACUCUCCAAAAACAAACCGUGAGCGAUCGUGAGCGAGCGCGGCACCCAUUUUGAAAUAAGUUUUUGCAUGGACAAAUGCUCAUGCAAAAUGUUAAAAGCACUGCCUCUAGAUAUCUUCAUGAUGUCAGAUUUAAGAUUUUCCAAGAUAAUUUUGUGGGCAUUCUUGAUAACUUGGGUAACACUUAUCAAGCCAUUGUUUGGAUUGCACAGUAUUUUUUCUCAUAAAAAAGCAAUGAGAAAUCAUGACACGAAACUGCAUUGCAUCCAUGGUUGAUGCAAUUACCAAGAGUACUGUUACCCACAGCGAUUUAACUUAGGAACUAAAAGGCGGAUUUUUACAAAAAAAAAAAUAUCUAUCAUCUGAGAGAAUGAAUUUUUGUUACCAGCACCAUUUGACAAAGAGCCUCGGGAUCAUUUUCGGGCGUAUCAAAAUUCUUGUUUGUUCAUGAAAAACAUAUACUAGGGAUUUUCCUAGUGUACUAACAGAAACAAGGGGUACAGCAACGAAUAAUUUUGAAUAGAUUCUUUUGCGAUGCGAAUACAUGUUUUUCCACAAUGCAAAUAGAUUAUAUUAAUUAGCUGUAACCAGAACAAUUUCUUCGAUUAAUUUUUAUAUUUCUCUUUUUAUUAUUUGCCAUUGAGGCAGGUAGAAAUGGGAACAAAUCAUUUCUCGAUCAGUUUUAUUUUCGGAGUUUUUAGUUUAUAUUUUGCGGCAUAUGAUGAUUGUUUAUGAACAAAAAUAAUGCACAUUUUAGAUUCGUAACUAAAAAUAUUAGAUGUGCAACGAAAUUCUGCAGCUUUUUUUUUGAAAAAGUAUGCAAUCUCUUGGAAAAGGCUUGGUGAGUAACUCCUAAUACCAAGGAAGCUCUUCCUGCGUCUAGCAUGGAUCCUUAUACAGCAACUCUCCAAUUCUGCGUCUUCGAAGGUUUUGAGCCUUUCUUCACACUGACAGCCAUCAACUGCAAAUUUACCGUCUUUCAAACGACGAAACCAAUCACGAUGCGUUGUUUCAUUUAGUGACUUAGAGCAGCAUUUGCGUGAACAUUUUUAACUUUUGUUGCGUUUCGGUCACCCUUUAUUUAAAUAAAAUUAGAGAUGUAGCUCUUCCUGCAAAUGACGGCACAAAAUCAAACAUUUUCACGCAACUUAAAGUAUAUGACACCACAAUAAAGUCACUAGCGUGUCGAAGCGAUUUGAUUACCAUACGUCUGAGCUCGGCUUGAGAUAUGUAAAAAUCGAACAACUUUACUGCUGGCGCCAUCCAGGGAUAAACAGCUAGAACUUUGUUAGAUUUGAGAAUUCAGAAUUGAGAAUUUGAGAAAAAAACGUGAAUCGACGCAAUAAUAAAACGGUAGAUUUCUGGAUAUUCUGAAUAAAAAAUCUUUCGAGAUAAAAAAAGAUUAAAUUAUGCUGGUUUCAGCCACAUUAUAUAGGGUAAUCGCUUCUAUAUUCAUUUUAACAUCUAUAUUCAUCUCAUCAAAUAAGAUGAGAUAUCCUUUUUUAUCGUUAUCGUUAUUUAUCGUCAAAUUUUAAUUUUUUUUUGAAAAAUAAAUCUCGACCACUCGACUAAAACGAGAGAUAAAAUCAAAAUUAUCUUUACUUAGAAUAAAAUAGUAUAAUUUGACAAAAAAUUGAACAAAUAAGAGCGAUGAGAUGCAUAUAGGGACGAGUACCUUAGAUGUGAAAUAGUUGCACUGCUUAACCUGUUUUCAAGAGUAGUAGAAAACCGCUUCAUAAAACCAUCAUGAAACUAUGCCAUUUACAGUUUUAAAUCGUUCUUGAGUGGUUUUAAUAAAUAGUUGUUCCUGUUAUUCAAAACAAAAGUUAACAUUAAAUUGUGAACAUUGAAUUCUUUUUUUUUUAGACGAGUGAGUCUGGCGAAUGUUACCUUAAAACGCCCUAGAUUGCAGGAAACAAAAACAAGAGGAAUUUUUGACCAGAAAUAGCGUGACUAAGGGAAUAAGUUUUCCGAUGCUUGUAACAUUCGUUCAUACUUCUUCGAUGAAUUUGUGCAUCCGCUUCAAAAAAAAAAAAAAAAAAUUAAAAAUUACAAUAAUACUUGGAUGAGAAGCAAAAUUAAUAGUUUUCUUGAUAAUUUCACAAAUGAAUUGGCGAUUACCCAAUAAGGAAAUAAAAUGCUCCAAAUUAAAAUUCGUGAUACUCAACAAUGGUCCCCGUGGUUCUGUGGUUAGCGAUGUCGGUCGGCUAGCUCUCCCACACGGUUGUGAUAUCGGGUUCGAUUCCCGAUCAGGUCGAGGAACUUUUCGAACUGGAAAUUUUCUCGACUCAGCACUGGGGCACGGUGUAUCGUUGUACUUAUCCUACAACAUGCAAAAUGUGCCGAAAACAAUAUCGAUAACGAAAUCCCUCAACUAAUCUAGUUGAUCGAGACCGCAUUGGCCCCCCAGGCUAGCGUGCGAUAUUGUUUGUUAACAUUUAAUCGGAACGAUUGAGGUUUUAAGCAAUGGAUAAUUCGUGAAUUAGUUCAUAAUGUCUGAAAAUAUUGAUAAUGUUCGUAUCAAUUAUGAUAAAAUGCUACAAUCAUCCAAUUUACAAUUCAUUUAUUUUAUUUAAAUACAAAAUAAAAAUAAGUGGACUUAAAUGCGAACCCUGGGGCACCCCAGAGGUGACUGAAUUGGGUUUUGAGAGUUUAUUUUGAAAGCCCACUAUUUGUUUGCGAUUUGUUGGAUAUGACUGGAGCCGAUACAUAGUUUAGACACUAUUUGCGGUUUGAAAAGUUAUGAUAGUAUGUCGAUUUCUCUGCUGGAGUCAGUGUAUAGGACUUCUACCUAUCUACAAUUGCGUUGAGAGUGAAGGUUAAAAAUUCCAGAAGAUUCGAAGUCGUUGAGUGACCUUUAAAGAAACCAUGCUGUAUACUUGUGAUAAUGUUUUUUAUUUGCUGAAAAUUUUAUGUCACAUGUAAUUCAAAAAGUUUUGUAAGGCAAGAGAUAACAGCAAUUCCCCGGUAGUUACGGACGUCAGAUUUCACGCCUGACUUCAAAAUAGGCACCAAGUAAGAACAUUUAGAGGUUUCGGGAAACUUCCCAUCUUUCAGAGAUAAUUUGAAAAGGCGUUUUAGUGGAACUGUAAAAUCUUUAGAAAGAUUCUUCAAGAACAUGGGAGCCACUCCGUUAGGUCCAAGCCAGUUUGGCGCGUCUAAGCUUUUAAAUGCUUGUAAGAUUUCGAAAGUUGAUGAACAAAUACAUGUUUAUAGAUUUCGGGGAUGAACGCAAAGAAGUCACGAUCGGGGUAUUCUUCAGAGAUUGUAAUAUCAACUUCCUGAAAGAAAUUUGUAAAAAGAUCACAAAUUUUGGAUGAGUGGUAACGUAGCUGAAAUUUUUUUUUAAGCAUGAUUUGACUUCAUUUUCGACUUUACGAUUAUACUCUUCCUGUGCGGCAAUGAUGGGAAUACUUCAACCAUUAUGGUACCUUCUCUGUGUUUGAUAUUCUUGUGGCCUUUGCACUAAUAUGGACUUGAGUUGGUAUUUCAUAUUAAUAGAACUGACUUACAGUUAGCCAAAUUUCUACAUAUCGAAGGAAGAUUAUUCUGAAAGUCAAAGAUUCUCACAAAAUAAUGCUGCCAUUUGGAGUCAUACAGAUUAGAAACAAUCAAAUCAACAGUCAAACUGUGCGGUAUUAUGUAGCUAUUGUCAUUUUUUCACGCUAAUACCAAGCGAAAAGGUGGUAAAAUAAUGAAGAAAAUCUGAAUAUAAAUAUAAUAUGAAUCAAAUAGAGUAAAAUAACUAUAGUGAAUAAAUGAAAUAAGAAUUUGCAACUUAAAUUGAAAACAAUGAGAUUUGCUAUCUACAGACCAGUAAAUGGACACAAAAUAAUUACUUUUCUUAAUUAUUAUGGAAAAAUAUUCCGAGCAAUAACAACCAUUUGAGAUCAGCAAAUUAGCCUUUCGGUUGUCCCGUCUGGACGAGGGAAAAAAAAUUCUAAGCCUAAAAGUCACACCUUAUAUUCCCGUUCAUUUUCGCAUCCUUGCAAACUGCAUACAUUGCCCGCUUGAUUAAAACUUAAAAUGUAAGUCAUAUGACAAAAAUGAAAUUAGUUCGUAAAGUAAAUCUAGCCAACAGAGCUCUUCCGUGAUACGCGUUCGGAGUCUAGUCACCGACUGAGGUGUCUCAUCGCUUGCGCCGCUGUAGAUAUAAUAAGUCAUUAUACACUGUGUGCGUGAAGAGAUCACUCUCUCAGUUAUAAAAAAUUAACUCCCAGCGGGCAGUGUGUGCAGUUCAUCGUUGGCGUGCUGAGAUACGGGAACACAAUAUGAGAGGGUGAUUCGACUUUGGUUUAGAACUAUUUAUACCUUUCCCAGUAGUUUAAUUGGCCAAAACACCUUGCCGGAGACAUUGGAGAUUGCGGGUUCGUGUCCCGUCUGGACGAGGGAAAAUUUUGUCUAAGCCUAAAAGUCCACCUUCUAUUCCCGUUCAUUUUCGCAUCCUCGCAAACUGCAUACAUUGCCCGCUUUACUAAAACUUUCGGUUGUGUUUUAUAGUAGUUUUAUCAAGAAAUUAUAUUGCAUACUGAGUUUACGAUGCUCUUGUUUAAAUGUCAUUUGAUAGCCGACGGUUAAAACUUCGUACCAUUUCAACAUAGACUUGUGAUACCUAAGUCAAUUCCCUGUAAGUGCAGAGAAGAAAAGGUUUCCGCACUGAAUAGGUGUUGAACCUGGAUUAAAUUCAUUGAAUAACUCAAACAAGUUCUACCAUAUUGAAAGAAUCGGAGAGAAACAGGUUUGCUCCGAUUCUUCUCCUUGUCCUUUUCUGAACCUAUCGUUUUUAAUUACGAUGAAUCCGCACUUCGUUGCGGAUUAAAUUAUACUAUUUUGCUCAUGAGGACUAAAAUGCUGAGUGCGUUAACGGCACUGAUGGAACAUAAUUGGAUACAGUUAAUAUUAAAGACUAUGCGACGAAGGUUAUAUCGAACGUCUGAACGUUUGUAGGAAUGUAAUGUAAAGAUACUAUUUUAGAUUAUGUAUGGGAAAAGCAUACUAUUUCAUCCAUGGGAACAAAAUGUAAACUUUUUACCUAGUUCUUGGAAGGGGGCCGGUACAUCUCCUCCCACUCAUAAGUCAUAAGCCAUCUAGAAGAGAUGACGUACGCCAAUCAACUGAUGGCUCGUAGCCGCAUAACUUUUUUGCCUUUCUCCUAGAAAGGUAUAGCAAUCAUCUCUUUCGACGAACUGAGCAUUUUCUGUAUGUAUGUAUGUGUGUAUGUGUGUGUAUGUGCAACUUUAUUUUCUCACUCACUUUUCUCAGAGAUGGCUGAACCGAUUUUCAUAAAAUUAAUUGCAAAUGAAAGGCCUAGUUGCGCCAUAGGUUGCUAUUGAGUUUCAUUGUAAUCGGAUUUUUGGUUUAGAGGUUAUGUAUCAAAAUGUAAAAAUCACGAAACAUCAAUAUCUCAGAAACCACACAACCGAUUUCAACAAAACUGGUUUCAAAUGAUUAAGCUGUCUCCAGAACCCUUAACUUUCAAAUUUCGUUAUGAUUGAACAUAUGGUUCAAAAGUUAUGUAAAGAAAAGUUAUCCUGAGGUUGUUUGAACUCACUCAUGUUUCUCAGUGAUGGCUGAACCGAUUUUCACAAAAUUAGUGUCAAAUGAAAGGUCUAGUUGCCCCAUAGAUUGCUAUUGAAUUUCAUUGCAAUCGGAUUGUAACUGUGUCCGUUGUUCAUAAAAAUGUGAAAUCACAUAAUGAAAGUAAACAUAUUGACUUUCUCCUAUCGAUCACCUGCUAAUUUAAAUGUGGUGGACUGGCUAAUAAACAUGUGGUUUAAAGGUUAUAGAAAGAAACGAAACCCGCGGACUGUUUAAAACUAUAGCUACAAUCGAAAUAUAUGGCCUCAACAUCAUUUAAAUUUAAUAUUGUACUAUUCCAAUGUUUGCGGCCUUGCUCGGGAUUGAAGUUGAAAUUAAAAGUCAUUUCUAUUUGCCUUACUCCUAGAAAGGUAUAGCAAUCACUGCAAAAACUAAAGGUAUAAAAGUGCUCAAAAGGGCCGAAUGUCGUAUACCACUCGACUCAGUUCGACGAGCUGAGCAUUUUCUGCAUGUGUGUGUGUAACGCUCUCCCAAUAUCACUCGAUUUUCUCAGAGAUGGUUGAAUCGAUUUCAAUGAAAUCAAUUGCAAAUGAAAGGUCUAGUUGCCCUAUAAGACCCUAUUAAAUUUUAUUGUAAUCUGAUUUCUAGUUUAGAGGUUAUGUAUCAAAAUGUAAAAAUCACGAAACAUCAAUAUCUCAGAAACUACACAACCGAUUUGAACAAAAUUGGUUUCAAAUGAACGGGCUACCUAAAAAACCUCAACUUUUGAAUUUUAUGAAGAUUGAACAUAUGGUUCAGAAGUUCCAGAGAGGAACGUGUUCUGGAGACUGUUUAAUCUCACUCAUGUUUCUCAGAGAUGGCUGGACCGAUUUUCAUAAAAUCAGUGUCAUAUGGAAAGUCUUGUUGCCCCAUAAGACCCUAAUGAUUUUUUUUUUGCGAACGGAUUAAUACUUUUCCUGUUAUGUUUAAAAAUGUGAAAUCCAGCUAUGAAAAGAAACAUAUUCUGAUAACUAUUUGGGCUCACUCACUUUUCUCAGAGAUGGUUGACCCGAUUUCCACAGAGUUAGUAUGAAAUGAAAGGUCUAGCUGCCUCAUAACACCCUAUUAAAUUUUGCUGUAAUCGGAAUGUAACUUCGUCUGUAAUGUAUCGAAAUGUGAAAAUCACGAAACUUCAUUAUCUUAGAAACUACACAACAGAUUUGAACAAUAUUGAUAUCGAAUGAGCGGGAUAGUUAAGGGUUAACUGAUGAAUUAUGAUUGAACAUGUGGUUUCAAAGUUUGGCUCCCCCAUACGUUCCCUUUUCAUUUGAUUGUAAUCAAACUUAAGCAACCGUUAUGUUUUAAUUUGUUAAACAACGAAAGUCUAUUAUCUCUAGUAUUACCUGACUUAUUUGAACAUAACUAGUGUCAUACAAACGAGUCUUCUCUCAAACUUACAAAUAACAAACUUCAUAAAAAUGUGAUAUACUGUUCAAAAGUUUUGUAAAGAAAAAAAAAUUCAAAGACUAUUCAACACUAUAGCUGCUUUGAUCAAUAUAUAUGGCCUCAACAUGAUUUAAAUGUGGUAUCGUACUAUUUGAACGUUCCCGGUAUCGCUCGUGAUUAAAUUGUUCGAAAUUAAGAGUCAUUUCUUAUAUUUCGCUAUUUCUGAAGCACUAACAUUACGUCAAAUUUCAUAUUUUAUACUUUAAUUACAACAUCAAUAUUUUAGAACCCAAAGAGUGAAUAUACCUUUUUGCAUUUAAGCAUUCAUGUAAAUCUAUUUUUACAAAUAAUAAGUUUGAAUGAGAAAGGCUGAGUCUGACCGCUAGGUGGAUUAAUUUAGGUUUUUUUAAAUUAUUCACGCGUGUAUUCUCCGUUCUAACAGUCACUCUGAUGCUUUGGAAACGAUAACAGAGGUAGUGGAACAGGCGUGUCCAGCCCACCAAGGUUCUUAUCGGCUGGUGGUGGUGGUCUUUUCCGUGCAGUGUGACCUUCGUUCGUUAGCGAUCUCCAACUCAAAGUGUAUCAGAUGUGACUGUCAGCUGGAUUGACUUGGCUGACCAUACGGGGUUUUAAAUUACCUGCUGCGCAAAUACUUGCUACUUUUUCAGUCGAUUACUGGAAGAAAGAUGCCAACCCAUUGAAGUCUUUGAAAUUGAUCAGUUUUAGUGACGCUCUCGUCAAAAAUCAUUCUAGAUCAUCAAAUUAGCACGUUUUGCAUAUCUUUCGGUUGAGAUCUCAUAACAAUCGAAAUCCGAACUGCUUUUAGUUACGAUUUAUAAUGGUUUUAUCAAAGAGUCAACAGGAUUUUUGAAAACACCGUUUUACAACUUACCUAAAACAUAAUUCAAGUUUCAUAGGAAGUGCUCCAUGCGGACGUAAUCCAUUUCAUCAUGAAAUGCACAAUGGACGUCACUAGGUGCAAUCUUUACAAAAUUAUUUAUGUUUUUCAUUUAUUUGAUAUGAAAAUAAACAGUAAUACAAAAAAGACUGAUCUAAUUCAGUUUGAGUUAUUUAGUUUUUUGAUUUGUUAGGUUCACAUUGAAAGGAUUCAUAUAUUUUCGAGAUAAAAUGUUCUUCUACUAUUUUGAGGAUGGAUUGUUUUGCCCAAAGUCAAAUAUUUUAUAAGUAAAGUUUUAGAAUCCCUAUUGUUAUUAUUUUUUAAAUCAGAUUGACAUGAUGACAUGAUUUCAAAUAAAUAAUUUUGAGUAAUUUGGUUGAAGCCUUUUAUUUAUAUGUAGUUUUAGGAAUAUUUUUUUAUUUUUUGUCAAAUUUUUUAUCCAUUCUGCUAAAAUAAUCAUUUAGAGGUAUAUAAGACGAUUUAGUAAGCUCGAAAUAUUUUUUCUAGUUUGUAACUUUUUUAAUUAUUGGCCAGUAAAAAAACAAAACAAAUCCUCCAAGCGAAGUAACGCCAAGCAGCCCCGCUAUGUAAAGUAAGUAGCAGCAGACAACUACAAAACAAAAGAAAACAGCACUAAAAAUCAGUCGCAUUUCUUAUUAAAAACAUAUUAAACCAUGCAAGAUUCCAUUGAUCAAAGAGAAAGAACAGCGCGCGGCACGAUAGUGAAAAAUCGAGUUCGAACUUUCCAUGCCUCAGUUUAGACGUGUGUUAGGGUUCGGUUUACGGGCAUCGCGUUCGAGUUUCCUUCGUGGUGAACUCUGGACAGAUCGCCAUCGUCGUCGUUGUCGUUGUUGCCGAGUAGAUUUUGUUUUUCACCAAAGUGCUACCAGAAAGCAUCCCUGAAUGGGUCCUAUACGCUAUGCGCUAUCGUUAAUUUUGAUCGGUUUAUGUUGAGAGCCAGGAACCAGAGCAGCACUGAACCGAUUUCCUAUAGAGUGAAAAAAAUUUAAAAAAAAUAAUAGAAAAACUUUAUCAGAUUAGUGAAUUGCGGCAUUGUUUAGUGGUUUGUUAAUGAUAUGUUCAUCUUCCCGUUUCGAUAGUUCACGAGCAAAGUAGUGAGAGAAAAAAAAUUUAGGUGAAAUCUCCAGAAAAAACUCAAAACCUCUAGGCUGCACGGGAACGGAGGAGGAAGCAGAGAGAGAGAGCGUAAGCAAAUAAACAAAAGAAGUCGCUACAGGACAGUGUUGAUACAAUUGAAGCAUUAAAUCACGAACUUGAAAGCACAAAAAGGAGAUACAAUUUAAAUCAAUUAAUAAUUAAGUGGUAGUUAAUUGAAAAAAAAAAAAACAA